AUUACACAUAAUGUUCUUGCAAAGGCAUGAGGCCAAAACACGAGUGGACAUUAAGCCAGAGGUUCCACUGGCUCUUGAUCCGGGCUCCCCAUUGGACCUACGUACAGACGUUAGGAUGCAGGGUUCGGCCUCAGAUCCCACUAUGUGGGAAAGACAACUUCAACAAGAGCUGCUCCUCAUUCAGAAACAGCAGCAGAUUCAGAAACAGUUACUCAUCACUGAGUUCCAGAAGCAGCACGAGAACCUGGUUCGCCAGCAUCAGGCCCAGAUACAAGAGCAUUUGAAGUUGCAGCAGGAACUACUUGCUAUGAAGCAACAACAGGAGCAGCUGGAGAAAGAGAGGAAACUAGAGCUCCAGAGUCAGGAGAGAGAACUGGAGAGACAUCGCCGUGAACAACAAGUGCUGGUCCUCCGCAACAGAGAGAAGAGCAGAGAGAGUCUGACAGGUGCAGUGGCCAGCACUGAGGUCAAGCAGAAACUCCAAGAGUUUCUGUUGAGUAAAUUCACCAAAGAUGGUACAUUUAAUGGGGUCCCCCAGAAAAUCACACAGAGCUCCAAACUGUGGUACACGGCCUCCCAUCACACCUCUCUGGAGCAAAGUUCACCUCCUUUGGGAGGAGCGUCCUCCUCCUGCAAGAUCUCCCUGCUCUCCCCACAAGACUCCCGGGAUGACUUUCCUCUGAGGAAGACAGUCUCAGAACCCAAUCUGAAGGUGCGGUCCAGGUUAAAGCAGAAGGUUGCAGAGAGGAGGAGCAGCCCGCUCCUCAGGAGAAAGGAGGGGAGCAUCAUGACACCCUUCAAAAAGAGAGCCCUGGAACUUCUGGAAUCCACAGCCAGCAGCAGUGCACCAGGAUCAGGGCCCAGUUCACCUAACGGGGCCUACAGUGCCUUGGGGGCUGAAAACGGACCCUCCUCUCUACCAGUCACCACACGUACUGAGCGGUGGCCGUCACAGCCGAGGUUAUUAGGGCCUGAAAGCUCAGUGUCUAUGUUAAAUCUGUAUACGUCUCCAUCGCUGCCCAAUAUCUCCCUGGGUUUCUCAGCUGCCUCUUCUCCCAUCAGUGUUGCUUUAGGACUUCAGGAGAAGCAUUUUGAGGGUGGUGGCAUAUCAGCGGUCAUUCCAGGUUUGCCCACCCAUCUUCUGGGUCCAGUCCCCCUGUCUGUUGCUAUGGAGACCAAAGUGAGCAGCAGCCACCAAGCUCUUCUGCAGCACCUCCUCCAGAAAGAGCAACUCCGCCACCAAAAGAUCCUCUCUACUGGUCAAAGUCCUGUGCAUCCCCCUUCUCCGCUGGCCAUGAUGGAAAGCUCUCCGAGCAGCACCCGACCCAAACUGCCUCGUCACCGGCCCUUAAACCGAACCCAAUCGGCUCCGCUGCCCCAGAGCACACUAGCUCAACUUGUGAUUCAGCAGCAACACCAAAACUUCCUGGAGAAGCAGAAACAGUACCAGCAACAGGUCCACAUCAACAAGAUGCUUUCGAAAUCAAUUGAGCAGUUUCGUCAGCCAAACGUCCACCCGCAGGAGUCAGAGGAGGAAGAGGGAGAGGAUUUUUAUGACCAGGCCAUGCAGGAGGACAGCUCGCCCUCUGGUGGCGUCAUCCGGAAGUAUAGUCCCGACAGCAACCGCAGCAACACCUCCGCUUCACCCACCGAGCCACUGGACACUCACCGCGGAGUCAUCCGGGUGAAAGAGGAGCCCAGUGCCAGUGAUGAUGAGACAAUGGCUACUCAGAGCCUGGCCGACAAGCAGAGCUCCUACAUUCACUAUGUUAAAGGCAGGAUGGUGAUCCAGGCCAUGAUAUGAAACGACAGAUACAUCUUCACACUCGCACACGAAGGCACAGGUUAACAUACACGCGACAUGCUUACACGACACAGAGCUUCAGAACUGGUCUCAUUCGUGAACUUGUGAAGUGAUCUCUGUAUUGUACGUUGUAUGUUCUGUAUAUAAUUGAAUAAGAAAUUA